AUCCACAACUACCAGCGUCGUGGAUCACACAAAUCCACUGCAUAUCACUUUAUUCUUGGUUUUCAUCGCCUGCAUUAUAAUUCUCAUAGGUCUCCUUUCCUGGUGGGCAAAUUAGCAUAUAGAAAUGGCUUCCUCUGCAAACCAUGCCGCUGAAUCUUUUAGAAAUCCAUUCCAGAAUACCUUUAUUCCUGUGGACAGUGUGCAGGAGCUUGCACUUAAGAAACCCAAUGAUAUUCCACAGAGAUACAUCAGAUCAGAAGACGAGAGGCCAUCUUUAACACCACUUCCUUCUCUCUUGACAGUUCCUGUCAUAGACAUGGGAAAGUUUCUCUUGCACUCUGACGACCAUGAAAGACAGAAGGAGAUGGGCAUUCUUUCUAAGGCUUGCAUAGAGUGGGGCUUCUUUCAGGUUGUGAACCAUGGAAUUCCGCAUUCUUUGAUAGAUCGGAUCAGAGGAGUGGCUAAUGAGUUCUUUAGUCUUUCCUUAGAAGAGAAGCAAAAGUAUGCUCCACAAGGAGGAGAUCCUCAAGGAUACGGUAAUAUGUUUGUGGUUGAUGAAAAUCAGAAGUUGGACUGGGGUGAUGUGAUGGCUUUGUCACUUAUGCCUGAAAAGAUUGUCAACUUGGCUCUGUGGCCAACUACACCACGGGAUCUCAGAAAUAUAGUGGAGAAAUAUGCCACUCAAGUGGAAAGGGCAUCUCAAAUUAUUUUGAGUCUAUUUGAAGAGAACUUACAAUUACAAAGUGGUUAUUUCAAAGAGAAGCUUGGAGAAGAUCGAAUGUUGAAUAUGAGAAUGAAUUUGUAUCCACCUUGCCCUAGGCCUGAUCUAGUGUUGGGGUUAAGCCCUCAUUCAGAUGCAGGUGCCAUAACACUUUAACUUCAAGAUGACCAUGUAGAAGGCCUUCAUGUCCGCAAGAACAAUGAAUGGAUUCCUAUUCAACCCACUCCUUAUGCACUAGUUGUAAACAUUGCUGAUCUAAUGGA